AUGUCGGAUUUCCAGACCUCCACGCACCGGGAGCGGUGGAUCUUCCAGCCGCAGGACCUGGUGAAUAAGUGGACGACGGCGAACCGGCGUUCAGCGGAGAUCCUCGCCCAGUAUGGGACGACGAGAUUGAAGGUGGACCCUGUUGAUGGCUCGAUAUCGAACCCUGAACCUCUGCCUGAUCAUGGUACACUUGUUGGGAGCUCGAGCGUGAAGCCUCUAUCCUGCGAAGAGGAGCAAGUGAUGCGGAUAUUUUACGAGCAAAAGAUUCAAGAAGUGUGCAGAGCAUUCAAAUUCCCCCACAAAAUUCAGGCUACAGCGAUAAUAUAUUUCAAGAGAUUCUAUCUACAGUGGUCUGUAAUGGAGCACCACCCAAAGCAUAUUAUGUUAACCUGUGUAUAUGCUUCUUGCAAAGUGGAAGAAAAUCACGUUUCUGCUGAGGAACUUGGCAAAGGGAUUCAGCAGGACCACCAGAUUAUUCUAAAUAAUGAGAUGAUUGUUCUGAAAUCUUUAGAUUUUGAUUUGAUCGUUUAUGCUCCAUAUCGUUCUAUCGAAGGAUUUAUUGAUGACAUGGAUGAUUUUUGUAGGGCAGGUAAUGGUGCACAUCAACGGUUGAAGGAUUUGCAUCAAACUGCGAAUUCUGAGGUUGACACAAUGAUGUUGACUGAUGCACCUCUUCUCUAUACUCCUGGACAGUUGGCUUUGGCUGCUCUGUACAAGUCCAACAGUGCACUCAGUGUCCUUGAUUUUGAAAGAUACUUGGAAAGUGUUUUUUCAAGGCAACACUUUGAUUGUCCAGUCGAACAAUUUAUUCAGAUAAUCAGUUCAAUCAAUCACCUGGUUAGCCAGCUUCAACUACCUGGCACGAAAGAAAUGAGGCAUGCUGAUCGCAAGCUGAAGCAUUGUUUGGAUCCAAGCUCAAGCUCUCAUGAUGACCACAAGAAGAAAGAGAAGAAGUCAAAGCACAAAUCGAAAAGGACUGCCAGUGAUGCCCAGCUCAACAGCUAG